GUCAGAAUCACGCUCGGAACGAUACACGAAAGAAAGAAAAGAGACCAAGAGGAAAGUGCAAGAAUAUUACAUACAUCAAGGGAUUUCUCAACGAGCAAACCGGCAAAGUGUUCUUGAAACAAUAACGGUUAUUACAUAUACCCGAGGAGACCCAAAGAUUUUCAUAAGGUGCAGACGAGAAAAACCUUAUUGGAUUGAUUCGAUUAUUUCUACGUAAGAGAAGAGACCACCCUGAAAUAAAUUCGACUUUAACUGGAGUGCAAUUAGAAGGCCGGACGAUGGCGGGUCCCGUGAUUGGCAUCGACCUAGGCACCACGUACUCGUGCGUGGGCGUGUUCCAGCAGGGCAAGGUGGAGAUCCUGGCCAACGACCAGGGCAACAGGACCACCCCCUCGUACGUGGCCUUCGGCGACGCUGAGCGCCUGGUGGGCGACGCCGCCAAGAACCAGGCGGCCAUGAACCCGUGCAACACCGUCUUCGACGCCAAGAGGCUGAUCGGACGCAAGUUCGAGGACGCCGCCGUCCAGAGCGACAUGAAGCACUGGCCGUUCCGGGUGGUGAGCGAGGACGGCAAGGCCAAGAUCAGCGUGCGCUUCAAGGGCGAGGACAAGAGCUUCAACCCGGAGGAGAUCUCGUCCAUGGUGCUGGCCAAGAUGAAGGAAACGGCGGAGGCGUACCUGGGCCGCAGGGUGAGCGACGCCGUGGUCACCGUGCCCGCGUACUUCAACGACUCUCAGCGGCAGGCCACCAAGGACGCCGGCACCAUCGCCGGCCUGAACGUGGUGCGCAUCAUCAACGAGCCCACGGCCGCCGCCAUCGCCUACGGCCUGGACAAGAAGGCGGCGGGCUCCGCGCAGCAGCGGGAGCGCCACGUGCUCAUCUUCGACCUCGGGGGCGGCACGUUCGACGUGUCGCUGCUGAGCAUCGACGACGGCAUCUUCGAGGUGAAGGCGACGGCGGGCGACACGCACCUGGGCGGCGAGGACUUCGACAACCGCAUGGUGGAGCACUUCGUGAGCGAGUUCCUUAGGAAGUUCAAGAAGGACGUGAGCGGCAACAAGCGGGCCAUGCGGCGGCUGCGGACGGCGUGCGAGAGAGCCAAGCGGACGCUGUCGUCGUCGUCCCAGGCCAGCGUGGAGAUCGACUCCCUGUUUGAGGGCAUCGACUUCUACAGCAGCAUCAGCCGCGCCCGCUUCGAGGAGCUGUGCUCCGACCUGUUCCGCAACACUCUAAUCCCCGUGGAGAAGGCCCUCCGAGACGCCAAGAUGGACAAGAGCCGCGUGGACGACAUCGUGCUGGUGGGCGGGUCCACGCGCAUCCCCAAGGUGCAGAAGUUGCUGCAGGAUUUCUUCGGCGGAAAGGAACUGAACAAGUCGAUCAACCCAGACGAGGCGGUGGCCUACGGGGCGGCCGUCCAGGGCGCCAUCCUCCGCGGCGACCAGUCGGAGCAGCUGAACGACCUGCUGCUGCUGGACGUGGCACCGCUGUCCCUGGGCAUCGAGACGGCCGGCGGCGUGAUGACCACUCUGAUCGCGCGCAACACCACCAUACCGACCAGGCAGACGCAGGUGUUCUCCACGUACCAGGACAACCAGCCGGGCGUCCUGAUCCAGGUGUUCGAGGGCGAGCGCGCCAUGACCACAGACAACCAUUUGCUGGGCAAGUUCGAGCUGUCGGGAAUUCCUCCUGCCCCGCGCGGCGUGCCCCAGAUCGAGGUGACCUUCGACGUGGACGCCAACGGCAUCCUCAACGUGUCGGCGCAGGACAAGUCGACGGGGAAGCUCAACCAGAUCACCAUCACCAACGACAAGGGUCGUCUGAGCAAAGAGGAAAUCGAGCGCAUGGUCAAAGAGGCCGAGAAGUACGCCGAGGACGACAGUCGACAGCGGGAGAGAGUCGACGCCAAGAACAGGCUGGAAGCGCUGUGUCUGAGCCUGAAGAACACUCUGGAGGAGGAGAGCGUGUCGAGCAAGCUGACGGCGGAGGAGAAGAAGGCUGUUGACGCCCAAGUCGAGUCCACUCUCACGUGGCUCGACAACAACCAGCUGGCCGCCAAGGAACAGAUCGACGUGCAGAUGAAGAAGCUGCAGGACAGCUGGCGGCCUCUGAGCGCCAAGAUCCACGGCGCAGGUUCCUCCUCGGCAGGACAGGGCGCCUUCAACCCCAGCAGCUCUUCCGGAGGACCUACCAUCGAAGAAGUCGAUUAGAGAUUUUGAAGCUAAUUAUCUGAACUAGUCACCUGUUCCUGAUUACCUCAUUUGUUAUAGAAUGAAGAUAAUCUUGUCUCUUAGUUUUGUAAGGCUUGUUCCAAGACUAUUUAUUUUUUUAGGUACCUGAUGUUUGAUACUGUAUGUAAAUAUCUAGAAAUAUAUAUAAAUUUCUAAUGCGAAAA